AUGUCUAAAAGUGAACAAAAACAUAUGGAUCAGAACCAAAUCAAACGUUUGGAAGAGAUGUGCAUUGUUGUUGAUGAAAAUGAUUUGGUGAUUGGUUCAGAGACCAAGUGGAACUGCCAUCUGAAUGAAAACAUUGAAAAAGGGUUAAUCCACCGGGGAUUUUCAGUCCUCUUCUUUAAUACAGAAAACAAGCUGUUGUUACAGCAGAGAGCUGACACUAAACAUAUUUGUCCAGGAAGUUUUACUGACAGUUGUUCGAGCCACCCAUUAUAUAAACCACUAGAAAUGGAAGAAACCAAUGCCCUUGGAAUAAGACGAGCAGCUCAGAGGAGAUUACAAGCUGAAUUAGGAAUUCCCCUUGAGCAGGUAUCUCUUGAUGAUAUUAGCUUUGUAAGAAGGCUUCACUACAAGAUUAAAUUGAAUGAGGUUUACGGAGAACAUGAAAUUGGUUAUCUUCUGUUUAUGAGGAAAGAUGUCACUUUGAAUCCAAAUUCCAGAGAAUUGAAAGGUUACUGUUAUUUAACAAAGGAAGAAGUAAAAGAACUCUUGGAAAAAGGUGCCAAGGGUGAAGUUAAGAUUUCUGACUGGUUCAAAAUAAUUGCAGAGAAUAUUUUGUUUCAAUUGUGGGAUAGCUUGCCUGAUAUAACUCAAUUCUUUGAUCAUGAGAAGAUAUACAGAUAUGAAAAAAUAUGA